GUAAAUUUGGGGAGAUAAAAAUUGUACGAGAGCGAACCGACACUAUUUUCGAAACAAUGCCAAGAAACAUUCAAAAUGACAACAACAAAUCCAGAGAAGUAAAUCAGUGGGUAUUCAUUGCCCCAGAAGAUGCCGUUUGUGGUCAAGAACGCGAUGAAUUAGAACCUGUGUUCAUAAAGAUUCCGCAUCCUCGCACAGGUAUGGAACAACAGUUUUUGCUCUCUCACAGUGGGGAAAAGAUCUUUGAGGUCUUGAAAUUUACCGAAGAACCCAGAUCAUGGUUUAUAGAGGACUCUGUACAAAAAGAUGGAAGCCUCUUUGUCAUCACUCCAGUGGACCCACUUUUCCUUGUCUUACCAUAUCUCACAAAAUAUUCUCAAAAGUUUAGAACCCUUGAUCAGCUACUUUUGGAUGAUGAGCACCCAUCAAUCUGCAGACUGACUGGUUGUCUUAGAUCUGAUGAGAUACUUAAUAUAUGUGAUGUUAAGGGUGAUGACGAUCUGCAAGUGUUCAGACUCGAUAAAGAGAAGACUAUAGCCUGGUUGAAAACAAAGGUUGAACAGACUGCAAAUGGUAUCUCUCAGAGUAGUAUCCAUGUUUCCAAAGGUUCUCAAAGUGCAACAUUCAUAAGGAGUAGACGGCACAUGGAUGCUUCAAGAUCUGACUAUGUGAGUUAUGCAUUUGGGUUGGUAUCUGAAUAUCUAUCCUUGCAGUGGAGUGAAAGACUCAAGGAAUCAUUGGGCAUCACAGAUGAAGCACAAUUAUCAUCUCCAGAAGGGCCUCCCACAAAGAGAGCCAAAGUAACUGAUGAGAUUCCUGAAGCUACAGAGGAUUAUUCCAAAGAAUUCAGCAAGCUGAAUUCUAAAACCGAAAAUGAUAAGACUGUCACGAAGUUAACAGCAGCUCAAAAGUCACUAUCCAAGGUGGACAAAAAAGGCAUGAAGUCGAUAUCAAGUUUCUUUGGAGGUGCAGGUGGUAAAACGGCCAAAAAGAAAUAGUGAAGUACUUUUGUUACUGUUAGUAGUUGUUUGGAUUUCUGCGUAUGAAAGUGAAUUGUUACCCUAUCACCUUGCUUAGUAAAAAACUGUUUUUCAA